AUGACCCGUAAGAGACGUGUGGCUCGAACAUUGACUAUACCCAUAUUUCUAGCGGUUGUCAUCUCUAUAUUUACUGGAGUUGUCCAGAUUAUCUACACGCGGUAUCUCCUCUCGUCAAGAGUGAAUGUGAUAAAGUUGGUUGGGGGACGGAUUCAGACAGCAGGGAACGUGAUAGCAUCACGACUGAGGCGAUUGCAAGGGGUCGAUGCAUCUAAAUAUGAAUUGCUGAUGUCGCGGUUUGAACAGCAACCGUUUAGGGCUUUGUACACUGUGUUUGGUCCUAGUAUAGGUGAGUGUGUUUGGUGUGAUUUCAAGUUGUCUAGUGAAAUUUAUGUUGACGAACACACUCGCUAUCAGUUAAUCCAGUAUAUUGCACCAGAAGUUCUCUGGCCCUAUAUUGUCAAUGCGGCAGUGACCCUAUUCAGUACAUCGCUUUGGACUAAGGAAACACGAAACUUGCGAACCCCAGCCAUUAUUUGUCUGGCUCUUGCUGCGGCAUACGACCUAUAUGGCUUCGCAACUUAUUCAUAUACUGAAAAUUCCGAACUUACCAACCCCGAUUGGUUUUAUUGGCGUCAGUUUAUGUAUCGUGGAUACAUCUUGUUUGCUUAUAAUGGGGUUAUGGCUUUGUUGUAUUUCCUUGCGGGCACUGGUCGCCUCUUCGACACAGAAGACCCAGUUGAUACUAAGUUGAUUGCCGCACGAGAUUUACUAAACGAUGCUGUACAUAAGUCUCAGGUGGAGAAUGCUCUUCGCUCCGUAGUUAGAGAGUCGGAUUAUUAUAGGAACAAGCAUAACACAUAUUGGAAGCACAAUACUGAACUACGAAGCCAAUUUGAUGACGACGUCGAAGUCCAGGAGGCUAGAGAUAACGGUAUGGAAAGAAUGAAUGUGGGCCGUCGUCGAAGUGAAUAUCUCGCCCUGGUUAAUAGCUACGCUUGA